UAGGGCAACGACAGCAGGACUGUUCCGGUGACACUUCACACUCACACCAUGGCAUCAGACUCACAAUCUAAACUACAGCUGGUUGACAAACACAUUGGAGUGUUUCCAGACUUUCCAAAGAAAGGAAUCCUGUUCAGAGACAUCUGUCCCCUCCUGAAGGAUCCAGCAGCUCUGACAGCAUCAAUCGACCUCUUUGAAGAACAUGUGAAGAAGAAUUAUCCACAGGUUGAACUGAUAGUUGGCUUAGAUGCUCGUGGUUUCCUGUUUGGGCCUCUGCUCGCCCAGCGGCUGGGGAUUGGAUUCAUCCUGGUCAGAAAGAAAGGCAAACUGCCUGGAAGCACUGUGUCUGUGGCAUAUGAACUGGAGUAUGGCACGGCAGAGGUGGAGAUCCAGGAGGAUGCAGUGGCUCCAGGACAGAAGGUUCUGCUCAUUGAUGAUCUUCUGGCUACCGGAGGGACUCUGUUUGCAGCCUGUGAGCUGAUGAGAAAGCAGCAGGCGGAGGUUCUGGGCUGUAUGGUAGUCAUCGAACUGAAAGAACUUAACGGAAAGGACAGAUUGAAACCACACAGUGUGUUCUCCCUGGUGCGGUACUAAUGAGCACUACAGCUGUCACAAUGGAAACAAGUCUAACAUCUGUUAAUAGAUGCGUCCAAGGAAACAAAAAACCUCUUCUUUUUUUAUUUUUUUUAGGAAAUAUGUUUAUUGACAUUUCCUGUUUUUGACACGUGUACAAAUCACAUGUUGAAUCAUUUUAAUGAUUAAAUCCCCCUCCACUCACUCCCUGCUCAGCACACACUCACAGAUCUUCUACAGCAGGGGUGUCAAACUCAUUUUAGUUCAGGGGCCACAUACAGCCAUAUUUGAUCUUAAAAAAAAGAAAGAAACAAAGACAGUAAGUACAUUGAUAAGGAAAACAUACACACAGAGUAUACACAUAAAAUCACUCUUAUACCACAGUGAAUAGAAGUUGGGCUGACUCAAGUAUCCCAAUUUGUUACAUAGAUUAGAUUAUCAAAGUCAAUAAGAAAAAAGUUUGACUUUGUUGAACUUUAUUAUUAUUAUUACACCUUUUUGUUAUUUUACUCAUACUGUACAGUUAUGCAAUUGGUACUAAAAUGCAUUUUAAAUGUUCUAAUUCAUUUGUACAUCUUAGUAGUUAUUAAUAACCUGGUUGCAGCAGCUUGAGCUUUACCAAGCAUACUUUGGACCUAUGGCAAGGACACAUGUUAUAUGGACCCUGUUAAGAGUCUUAAUGUCUUUGAGUGUCUAAAAUAUUUAGUUCCGUUCAGCUAAUGCAUGCUGGGAUCAUCCAUGUGUGCCUAACAAUAGGAAGACAUGUAUAGAGGAUGGAUGGAUUGAUAUGAAAGACAUAACAUGUUUUUUCUGCAUGACCAAAUGUUUCCUUUUUUUGCACAGUUUGUCAUUGUAUUGCAUUUUGUUAUGAUGGAAAAGAUCUGAAUAUACUAAACACAUCUGAAAUAAUAUAAACACUGCUGGUUGAA